GAUCCUCUAGAAAGGAACUAUAGAGAGAAAGAGAAGCAGAGAAAUCUGUGAAAUCCCGAUAAGCGAUGGAUCUUCUUCGCAAUGCAUAUUCCACUGCUUCAGAUGACGAUGACGAUGACGAAGUCGAAGAAAAACCCGAAACCAAGCAUCAAAUCCUGCCACUCCCUUCUUCGAAGCGACCCAAACCCGAUAACCCGUAUUCCACUACCACAACAAGUACCAGUAUCAAACCGCAUUACAUGCCUUUUCGCCCGAGCCCGAACCCGAGCCUCCAAACCGAAGCCCUGGUUCCUGGCAGAUACGUCUCCAAGAGAGAACGCGCACUCUUCGGUUCGUCUCCUAGGGUUUCCGACCCGAACCCGAACCCGAACUCACCUUCCACCACCACAUCAUCCUCUGCCUCUGUUUUUGGGAGUAUUUCAGAUUCAAGUAUACCACAUGAUAUUAUGUCAUCAUUGAGACAUCAAAGAGAGGAUUGCACACGGCUAGGCCGAAUAUCUGAGAGGCUAACUAUAGCUCUACGUGGCCAUACAAAGGCUGUCAAUGCUAUACAUUGGUCACCAAGUCAUGCCCAUCUUCUUGCUUCCGCUGGGAUGGAUCACACAAUCUGUAUAUGGAAUGUAUGGAGCAGAGAUCAGAAGAAAGCACGUGUGUUAAGCUUCCACAAUGCAGCAGUAAAAGAUGUGAGGUGGUCGCAACAAGGAUUAUCCGUGCUUUCUUGUGGGUAUGAUUGCUCAUCAAGGUUAGUUGAUAUUGAAAAGGGAAUAGAGACUCAGGUUUUCAGGGAGGAUCAAGUUGUUGGCGUCAUAAAGUUCCAUCCUGACAACUGCAACCUCUUCCUUUCUGGGGGAGCAAAGGGUCAUCUUAGAUUAUGGGAUAUUAGAACUAGCAAGGUGGUCCAUGAAUAUAUACGAAGUCUAGGCUCGAUCCUUGAUGUUGAAUUUUCCAUCAAUGGAAAGCAGUUUAUCUCUUCUAGUGAUGUUUCUAGAAGCAAUGUCAGUGAAAAUUCUAUUAUUGUUUGGGAUGUCUCGCGACAGGUUCCGCUUUCUAAUCAGGUUUAUGUGGAAGCAUACACCUGUCCUUGUGUUAGGCGCCACCCAUUUGAUCCAUUUUUUGUUGCUCAGUCGAAUGCAAAUUAUAUUGCAAUCUUCUCUUCUAGUCCUCCUUUCAAGCUUGACAAGUACAAAAGGUAUGAGAACCAUGGUGUCUCUGGAUUUCCGAUCAAAUGCAAUUUCAGCUUGGAUGGGGAGAAGCUUGCUUCAGGCUCCUCGGAUGGUUCUAUUUACUUUUACAAUUACAGGUCCUCCAAACUUGUAAGAAAAAUCAAAGCAUAUGAGGAGGCAUGCAUAGAUGUUGCUUUUCAUCCAAUGAUGCCUAAUGUAAUUGCUUCGUGCAGUUGGAACGGAGAUGUUUCAAUAUUUGAAUGAUUGGCCAUUAAUGAUUGUUUUACAGUUGCUGGAAGGUUGGACCUGCCAAAGUAAAAGGAAGGAUGUCAAAGAUGAAAAGACAGGCCAUAGUAUGUCUGGAUGUGCACUUGUACAGUGCUAGCAACAAUGCUUUGCUUUGCGUCUAAUCUUUUUGUGUGCAGUGUCCUUUUUGCAGCAUAUAGUUUAUAUAUGUUUGAAAAUGUUACAAGGAACUUUAUCAUGGAUAGAGAGAAUGAGAAGAAGAAAAUAUAGGAAGGGCCAUAGGGCGUGCAGUUUUGGCUACUAUUAGCAACUAUGCUUGAGUGCUUUGCGUCUAAUCUUUUGUGGUCUAGGAUGUGUUGUAUCCCUUUUAAAGCAUAAAUGUAUUUAUGUUUGGAAAUGCUAUAAAGAA